UCAGUCAGAGUCGCAGAUAAGGAACGCUCUUCUCCAUUUCAGCAAUUGUGCUCCCCCUUCGGUGGCCGGCUCGUCGGCGAAAUGGCCAACCUCCGGACGGCAAUCGACGCCGCAUUCUGGGACCUCAACGUCUCCACUUCCAGAACCCUAGACGGCAUGGUCCGCCCCAUUCCCGGCGAUCCCAUUCCCAUGGACGGUGCUCGAGCCAGCCGAGUCCUCAGAAUCCAGCAGCUCUCUCUCCUCGGAAAUGGCUUUCCUCUCGGACUCGUCCCGUCUUUCUCUCCUCCGUCUAAGAAGGAACUCGGCCCCUUAGCUCUCCAGACCGUCUUUUUCAAAACUGCCAUUUCCAAAUGGUGGGUUGGAUUAGUGGGGCAAGUUCGCCCAAAGAAACUGAUAUCUAAACUAAAAGCGGAAAUAGAGGUCAUCAAAGCAGAUAUACGUAAAAUAACUGAUGAUGAUGACUGGGAGUUUGAACUUCCGGUAUUCCUGCCAAUAUUCAAGAAUCUGCAUAAGUGUUUUUUGGACAAAUCAUUUUAUUCGCUUGGUGUAAACUCACACAUACCCCUGACGGAUUCAUCUUCCAUAUUGUUGAGCAUGGAGCAGCCUGGUGAGGAGGGCUGCCGCCGCAUGAAGGCAAUGUAUAUGCACAAGCUUUCUGAUCAUGAUGUUACUUUGGAAGCAGCAUGGCCUGAGCGAUUCAUAGACCACAAAGGAAGAUAUUGGGAGAUUCCAGAGUCAAUAUCCUUGGACUGCUCCUCACUUGAAGAUUUAACUGGAUGGAAAUAUCGAUUUGGUAUCCAUAAAAAUAGUGGCCAGCCAGUUGCAGUUGAUAACAGUGAUGAUGCAGUGCAUCCUGCUCUGAUGCCAGGACUAUGCGCAAAAGGUGCCGUUUCGUAUGAGAAGCAUAAAGACCUCUGGAGAGAGGUGGAGAGAGAAAAGGAUGUCAUGAUACGGACAGAGAAAGGACUGUAUUUCAGACCUGCUUAUGAUGUUCGUCUAAGGGAGCCUCAUGCAAAAAUAUCUGGAAUUAUUGGUGGAACUUUUGCUGCUUGGGUUGGUGGUGGAAAUAACUCUCUCAUUACAGAGUCAAGGGAGGAUAGAGAGAACACUCCUUACUCUAGGAGGCGCCCCUUAGGUGUUGAUUUAUUUGGCUCAUUUUGCUACACUCUCCAGCAUGGCAAAUUCAGAAAGCGAUAUAACGACCUCACCAGAAUAGAUGCUCGCUUGGACGUCUCUUCUGCUGUAGCAAUAGCCAAACGGGUUUCAAGAAUUUUCAGAAGUGCUUCCAACACAAGAGAUUCACUGUCUACCCCCAGGCUGAACUUGAUCUUUCAGCAGCAGGUUGCUGGACCAAUCGUGUUUCGAUUAGACUCAAGGUUUUGUAUUGAUUCAAUAUAUGGGGUACCUGUCCCAAAAUUAGAAGAUUAUGUGCUUAGCUUGAACUACUCUCUUAGACUACUGCAUUCUGGGAAAGUGGUGGCAUGGUAUUCUCCUAAGAGGAAAGAGGCCAUGGUUGAGUUGCGGCUAUUUGAGUUUUGAAAAUCUACUUCUUGUUUAACUACUUUUUUGUAGUUAGGGUGGUUAUGUUCGUUUGUAUGCAAGCAAUUCUAUUGCCUGUGACUUUCACAAGGCUUAAUGUUACCAUGAAGCUCUUUAAAUACUCCCAUUCUUUCGGUCUUUCCUUUUGAUGCAAAAUUUCAAUAUUUUUCUA